GAAGCGGGGCCGCGGGUGUGGACAGUGUGCGGGACGACCGGAGGAAGAUGACUUGUGUCACGUCGCUCGUGCCGCAUGUCUUCAUCACCACGUAUCUACUCUUCGUCAUGGGCAGCGUUGCACAGAAAGUGUACUUCGACUGUGGUGCCAAGGUGGAUGUGGUGGACGUCCAAGGCCUCAUUCUGUCUCCUGGCUUCCCCUACAACUACUCCUCUGGGACACACUGUGUGUGGCUGUUCAUUGUACCUGUUGAUUACCAGCUUAUCCUGGAAAUAUUUGACUUUGAUGUGUUUGAGAGCCAUGACUCUGCAGCCCAAUACUCAGCCAUCUCUAAUUUUGAAGAGGAAGAAGCAGAUGAAGAGGCGACUGUCACCCCUGGCAGCUUUGCGGUAUAUGAAACUUCAUCGCCAGCUAAAGAUCCUUUGCUUCAGAGCGAAGGGGAUGUCACAAAGACUCAACAGUCCUCCCAAGAUAGCGAGGACAAGCAAGUAGUGGUCCAGGAACAGUCCACAAAGAUGGAAAUUACCAAAGUCUCAAAUUCUGCCAAAAGAUCUGCAGAUGCCUCCUCUGGCUUAUCUUCAGCACCUCCUUCCUCUCUCCUCUUACCUGGGGCUGUGCCUUCAAGAGACAAGAUCGUUAACUCCGCCUCCUUGUCUCACCUUAGGGGAGACCCCAACCCAAGUUCUAACCCAAGCACAGUUGUGGAGGAGACCACCCUUGCCUCACUACACAUCACUGACAGUCCAGCUGUGAGUCCUGAAACGCAGCAGUCAGUGCUUGACGCCUGCCCUCAUGAUGUCCUCUACAUCUCAGACCUCAUCACCUUUUCGUCCAGGUUCUGUGGGUCCAACCGCCCUCCCAGCAGCCAGCUGGUUUUCGGCUCCAACCAGGAGAUGGUGGAGGUCAUCAUGGAGCUUAUCACUACAACACACUGGGGCCGUGGCUUUGCUUUGCUCUUCCACUACCACAACCUGACUGAGCCAGGAGGGGACCUCCGUUCCUCUGCUCCUACAGCCAGCAAGGUAGACUCUCUGCUGGCUGCUGUGAGCGGAGCUGCCUUCUUCGCUCUGAUACUUACAAGUGCCCUCUGCAUCAUUUUCAGACCCAAACUGUGUCCGAAAAGAGCCAGCUCCUGCGCGUCCAGCAACUCCGAGGUGCCAGAGGGCGUCCAUACCACAGGGGCUGAGGUCAGUGAGCUGCAACUGAUGGCUGAGAAUCAGACCAACCUGGGGACGACCACAGACCAGGGCAACAACAACGACAGCCCGCCACACACAGUCAGUGCUUCCAUCGACAUUUCCCAGAAUGCAGAGGUGGACCUUUCCUGCAGCGGGUUGACUGAACUCGACCUUGGUGCCGAUGAGGUUUUCAUUGUAUCUUCAGCCCCCAGCCCAAGCAGGCUACCCUUCUCACCUCACACGCAGCGGGAGAGGUUUCUUCGACACAGUGACACUGGUCCCAGCCCUGCAGGUGAUUGGCCCUCGCUAGACUCCACCACCUCACCCACUAGUGCCAGUUCUGCCAGGGACGGUGGCAGUGGCUGUGCCAGGCCGAGAGCCUGGAGCGUACGCACGUUCCAGGACUUCCUCCCUCCGCUGCCACAGCUGCAUAAGAAGUGGUGCAGCUGGAACUCCACCAGUCCCUUCACCAAGCUCGUGGACAGCAACCCAUCCAGUUUGACAGGUGACUGCAGGGGAGAAGACAGCAGGAAGGUCUUCUCCGACAUUCACUUGGACCACAAGGCAGACACGAGCACCAUCUCGGACUCAUCCAUCAGCAACGCCUCCUACCCUAUGACCCAGUCUGCCCAGCGGCAGCGGCGUCUCAGCUCCACCAGCAACCUGCGGCGCUCGCGCUUCCCCGGCCCGUGCUUCGGCCUCCUCUCUGGUGCAGCAGACCCGGUGAAGGCCCCUGGGGCUCCUCAGUCCCAGGGAUCACCCUCAGAGCCCAGCUCCGGAUCAUCUUCCUCCCCCCAGUGUCAGAUGGAGGGCGGCCAGGCCAUGAACAGGCGUGAUUUCCCAGGCGAGGGUGAUCACGUCAGCGUGCCGGUGUUUGCCAUCUCUGAGGAGGAGGACCGGCAGCCUCUGGUCUCAGCUGAGCACCUGGAUCAGACCUCCGUCUCUACUGUGAUGAAUGGACUGUCGAGGGGAGCGUACGAGGGGAAGCGGGCUGCACCCGGAAGCACCAGCCACAGCCCGCAGAACCAGAGGGCCAGGCCUGAGUGGAGGCCAUGGGGGAGCCAGGCAUCAGGGGGGGUUGGUCCACUCCCUUCCAACACACCAGCCACCAUGACCGAGUCCAACACAGUCAGUGACCGCCCGCUGUGCCUCAGUCAGUCCACAGCGCUGUGCAGUGUGACCAACCAGAUGUGACCAGGCGGUGAAAGAGGAGGAACUCUGUUAGUGCCACUUUGAAAUCUAUAACCCACUUCUUUAAUUUCUGAAAUCAUCUUUUACAAAAAUUACUACAUAUUCUUCUCACUUUAGGUACCUGUUUUUAUAAAAGUUGUAUUUGGACAAAGAUGGAAUACUAUGCUGCUUACUAUGUCGAGGUACUGACUGCUGAGGUGUUAUGUGCCGGCAAAAUAUGAAUGAUUGCAAACGUGAACAUGAGUACUCCAUAACCCCGUCCCAACUCUUAGGAGCACUUUUAUACUAGAUUUAUUAACCAGUUUGAUGCUCUUUGUUGACUUAAUACUCCAACAGUUGCACUUUGAUUUCAGUAGCUCAUUCAUUGCCCUGUGUCUAAUUUCCUUAUUUCUUUAAUGUGCUUGUUCAUGUGGGUUCGUUAGCACAGGCUAUUAAAUGCAUAUACAGUUAUUAUCCAAGGUGUUCUGCAGAGCAUAGAUCACACAAUGUCAAUGUUGCAUCUGUGUAUGCAUACAGUAUGUACUCAUGACUGAAACUGGAAUAUUAAAGGGAAAUCAAAAUAAUGUAAAAGCAUAUAUAUAUAUAUAUAUAUAUAGCACUAAUCGAAAUGUAGUAUGAAUAGAGAAGUAGAAAUCACAAUAGAAUUAAAAUGAAUUAUGAAAUGUUAAG